AUGGGUUGUGUGAUGUCCAGUAUCGAUGGAGAUGAGAAGUAUGCGGUCGAGCAAAAUGCCAAGAUAGAGAGAAGAAUCAGGCAGGACAGAAGAUUGGACGCACGCACUGUGAAGAUCCUGCUCCUGGGUGCGGGCGAGUCAGGAAAAUCUACUAUCAUCAAACAAAUGAGAAUCAUCCACGAGCGAGGCUUUCCUGAUGAAGAAAGACGACAGAUAAGGGCAGUGAUCUAUUCCAACAUGAUCGUCGCGUUUCGUCUCUUGCUCGAGAUAAUGAACAAUGAGGCAUACGGGUUUGCCGAUGAGAAGACCAAAAUUUAUGCCGAGACUGUGGAGGCCACGGAUCCCGAUGUUGACGCAGAUGAGGCUUUCACGGAUGAGAAUGUCCGAGACGCGAUGAAGGCGAUGUGGUUGGAUUCGGGCGUGCAACAAGCUGUUGCGAAAGGGCAUGAAUUCGCUUUGCAUGACAAUCUGAGCUUCUACUUUCGAAAUCUGGACCGCAUGUUUGCUCCGAGUUGGAUGCCUGACAAUCAAGAUAUGCUGCAUGCUCGCCUGAGGACGACCGGUAUCACCGAGACCUUGUUCGAAAUGAGGGACAUUAAUUUUCGGAUGAUGGAUGUUGGUGGUCAACGAUCGGAGCGGAAGAAAUGGAUUCAUUGCUUCGAAGGAGUGCAAUGCUUACUCUUCAUGGUAGCUCUCUCAGGUUACGACCAGUGCUUGGUCGAAGACCAGAAUGCUAACCAAAUGCACGAAUCGAUGAUGUUAUUUGAAAGCCUUGUCAACGGAGAGUGGUUCAAGAGAAAGCCUAUCAUACUGUUCCUGAAUAAGAUUGAUCUGUUCAGAGAAAAACUCGCCAUAUCACCAAUCUCGAAGAACUUCCCAGACUACAUCGGUGGGGACACCAACGAAGGAGCGGCAAUGCAGUACUUUGCAGAUCGCUUCCGAGGCAUCAACCGCACAGCAGACCGAGAGAUCUAUAUCCACUACACUAAUGCAACAGAUACCACGCUUCUGAAGGCAACGAUGCAAUCGGUUCAAGAUAUGAUCGUCCAGAAGAACCUCAGCCACCUUAUUUUAUGA